AUGGCAGGCGGUCACACUUGCUUCAACUCGCAAGUAUAUAUUGAUUCAAACGGAGCAUUACUGGGAGUUCAUCGAAAGCUUCAACCCACAUAUGUGGAAAGAGUCGUGUGGGCGCAAGGUGGCGGAUAUACUCUUCGCACUUUUGAUUCUUCCAUGGGGAAAGUGGGAGGAUUGGCCUGUUGGGAGCAUACAAUGAAUCUUGCUCGUCAAGCACUUGUCUCCGAGGGCGAACAAAUUCAUGCCGCUGCCUGGCCAGCCCUAUCAACUAUGGCAGGUUUUACUGAUCUGGCAGAUAUCCAGAUUGACGCAAUGAUGAAGAACCAUGCAAUUACAGGACAGUGCUUUGUGAUCAGUGCGUCUAAUUGGAUUGAUGAUGACUGCUUGCAAUGGAUGGAGAAGAAUAUUGGCAAGCAAGAUCUGGUCAAAGGAGGCGGAGGCUGGAGCUCCAUCAUCGCCCCAUUUUGUAAUUAUGUUGCUGGACCUAAAGUCGGCAAAGGUGAUGAAUUCGUUACUGGAACUAUUGACCUAACGCAAAUUGCCACAGUCAAAAUAUGGGUUGAUUCUCGAGGGCAUUAUGCACGCCCUGAGGUGUUGCAGUGUAAGGUAGAUUACAAACAAAUUUGGCCUGAUGAGGAUAAGAUUGUGGCCCGUACAGAGACUCCGAAGCGGACACCAGAUAGUAGACUGCAGGACGACGUGGUCAAAGGAGAUAAUAUCUAA